CGACUGGGACAAAAAAGGAGUUUGGAUUAACGUGACAAAUAAUAAAGAAGAAGAAGAAGAAGCCAAACAACAACAGAGAAAAUGUCGGAGUACGCUAAGGUCCAGAGGAGCGCCCUGAAAUUCAAAGGCAUUGGAGACAUUUCCGCUGGGAAAAAGAAGAAGAAGAAGGAUAAGGAGAGCAAGCAGCGCCUGGAGCAGGCCGUGGCCAGUCAAAACGAAGAGGAGGAGAAAUCCAAGAACGCAUACGUUGACAAAAGGACACCGGCACAAAUGGCCUUCGACAAGAUGCAAGAGAAGAGGCAAAUGGAGAGGAUCUUGAACAAAGCGUCAAAGACGCACAAACACAGAGUCGAGGAUUUCAAUCGCAACCUGGACAACCUGACAGAACAUUAUGAUAUCCCCAAGGUCAGCUGGACAAAAUAGAGGAGGAGAAAAUUUUCUUUUUUCUUUUUUCUUUUUAAAUUAAUUUUUUAUAACAAAAACCCUGCAAGUCCUUUUUUUGACAUGUAUAUUUGCAGACGUUUGCGCUCUUACAUACAGUGCCUCCGGAGAAGUUCGGGACAAUGUCCUGACUUCCGAGCAUGUCUGAAAAAAGCUAUACAGUCUAAAAUAAAAUGAAAAAACAAAAA